UAAAAACGGCUGUGAGGCCUUUUGCAAUUUACUGUCAAACGAGAUUUGCCGAGCCGGUUGCGUCGACGGCUUCAAAAUUUGGCUCUUUCGACAAUGAAAAUUUAGGAUUGACAGUGAAGAUUGAAUGCUUUCGUACCAUUCAGGAGGGAUGUCAACUGGUGUAUUGUACUUCCAGGUCCAUUUGGACUCCGAAAGUCCUCCAAUGUUGUAGUUUGUUUUUCAAUCGUACCCAAGUAGCCAUGGAACAUUUAAGCUGCCCAAGCGAUAUGUGUUCGAGUUGAUGGUGUUGAACACGUCAACGCUUGACUGAAUGUGGGAACGCAAACGCUCCCACAAAAAGUCCAAGUCCACCAAAACGCUCCUCAUGGAUCUCUUUCCCAACAAUACCAACAUUGAAGGCGCUACCAUUAUCAACGCGUGUUACGGAGGCACCGCCGCCCUGCUCAACGCUUUUUGUGGGUUGUUUUUGACGAAUGGGACGGCCACUACGCCAUCGUCGUCGCCGCCAAUAUUGGUGCCUACGCACGCGGCCCCGCCCGACCCACUAGUGGGGCUGGCGCC